AGAGUUUGGUUUGAUGUGUGUGGUUGUGACUAGCCGGCUAUUUUAUUUUAUAAUUCUGUAAUAUUAGCGCUUUAUUGAUUUUUAUUAAUUUGAUUUUUCUUAAAACGGAAAAAUGGUUGUAAGGCAGUAUAACGAGGAACUUAAAUAUCUUGAAAAAAUUAACCCUCAUUGCUGGAGAAUCAAAAAAGGUUUUCAACCAAAUAUGAACGUUGAAGGUGUAUUUUAUGUAAAUAAUACUUUGGAAAAACUCAUGUUGGAUGAGUUGAGGAAUUCAUGUCGACCAGGAAUGACUGGAGGCUUUCUCCCAGGUGUGAAACAGAUAGCAAAUGUAGCUGCCUUGCCUGGUAUUGUUGGACGGUCCGUUGGCUUGCCAGAUGUUCACUCCGGUUAUGGUUUUGCUAUCGGGAACAUGGCUGCAUUUGAUAUUUCUAAUCCAAAAUCGAUAGUCUCGCCAGGUGGAGUUGGUUUUGAUAUUAAUUGUGGGGUGAGACUUUUGCGAACAAAUCUUCAUGAAAAAGACAUACUCCCAGUAAAGGAACAACUAGCUCAAAGUUUAUUUGAUCACAUACCAGUGGGUGUUGGUUCAAAAGGCAUAAUACCAAUGAAUGCCAGAGAUUUAGAAGAGGCAUUGGAAAUGGGAAUGGAUUGGUCACUAAGAGAAGGGUAUGUGUGGGCUGAAGAUAAAGAGCACUGUGAGGAGUAUGGUAGGAUGCUUAAUGCAGACCCAUCCAAAGUUAGUCUUAGAGCAAAGAAAAGGGGACUGCCACAGUUGGGAACACUAGGUGCUGGGAACCAUUAUGCAGAGAUACAAGUAGUGGAUGAGAUAUAUGAUAAAUUUGCUGCUGGAAAGAUGGGUCUGGAAAGGGUUGGUCAAGUUUGUGUUAUGAUUCACUCAGGAAGUAGAGGUUUUGGUCAUCAAGUAGCUACAGAUGCAUUAGUGCAGAUGGAGAAAGCAAUGAAGAGGGAUCAGAUUGAUGUGAAUGAUCGCCAGUUAGCGUGUGCAAGAAUAAAUUCAACAGAAGGUCAAGAUUAUUUAAAAGCUAUGGCUGCAGCUGCAAACUUUGCUUGGGUCAAUCGUAGUUCUAUGACUUUCUUAACAAGACAAGCAUUUGCGAAGCAGUUCCAAAUGGCUCCAGAUGACUUAGAUAUGCAUGUUAUCUAUGAUGUUUCACAUAAUAUAGCAAAAAUAGAGGAACAUGUUGUUGAUGGAAAGGUUAAAAAAUUACUUGUUCACCGAAAGGGUUCAACACGGGCCUUCCCUCCCCACCAUCCAUUAAUACCAGUUGACUAUCAACUAACAGGACAGCCAGUACUAAUUGGGGGGUCCAUGGGAACAUGUAGUUAUGUUCUUACUGGAACUCAUCAAGGAAUGACUGAGACAUUUGGUUCAACUUGCCAUGGUGCUGGUCGUGCAUUAUCCCGUGCAAAGUCUCGACGCAACAUUGACUACAAAGAUGUUCUCAACAAACUCGAAACAAUGGGAAUUUCUAUUAGGGUUGCAUCACCUAAACUAGUAAUGGAAGAAGCUCCCGAGUCUUAUAAAAAUGUCACCGAUGUUGUAAACACCUGUCAUGCAGCAGGAAUUAGUAAGAAGACAAUAAAGUUAAGACCUAUUGCUGUCAUUAAAGGUUAAUAACAUGAGUGUUUUUUGUACUGGAUUUAUUAAAAAGAACUGAACAAAUACAAGGA